AGACCUGGCCACAUUUCUUUUACUUAUUGGAACAGUAAUUUCUUCUGAAUCAUCCUUAUCCAAACUCCCUGUAGCUUCUAACUUUGCUUAUGAACCGCAUAACACAACAGAUCUUGAAUCUCGUCUUUUCCACCCAAAAAAAAAAAAAAAAAGAAAAUCAGAUCUUGAGCCUUGAUGCAUCCUUGCCUUCGAUGAUGGUAAACUUAUGAUUACAAAGUCUCUGAAAAUUUGGCUUAAAGCUUCUUUAUCAUUAUUUGUACUCUUAAAAUUCUAAGCCAUAUGUACGCAUUGCACUUCUAAUAUUCAAGCACAUAGUUAACCCAGUCUCAGAAUCAUCCACAAUGUCAGAAGCCGAAGCUUCCCAGAGGUAUGCAGUAGUAACAGGGGCAAAUAAGGGGAUUGGAUUGGAAGCUGUGAAGCAGUUGGCCUUCAAUGGAAUCACUGUGAUUUUAACUGCUAGAGAUGCAAAGAGGGGUCUUGAAGCUGUUGAGAAGUUGAAGGAGUUUGAACUUUCAGGUCGAGUGCUUUUUCAUCAGCUUGAUGUGACUGAUCCUGCUUCUGUUGCUUCUUUGGCAGAUUUCAUCACAACCCAGUUUGGAAAACUUGAUAUCUUGGUGAACAAUGCAGCCAUAUCGGGACUGAUAUUGGAUCCUGAAGAAUUAGCCAGAGCUGUUGAGCAUGCUGGUGGUUGGCCAUUGAAAGCCAAAUAUUGGGAUAAAUUGUCCGUUCAAACGUAUGAAUUGGUUGAAGAAUGCCUGCAAAUAAAUUAUUAUGGUGCAAAAAGAAUGGUUGAAGCUUUUCUUCCUUUGUUGCAAUUAUCUCAUUCACCAAGGAUCCUUAAUGUUUCCUCAAUCCUAGGAAGCUUGGAGAAUAUUCCCAAUGAAUUGGCAAAGCAAAUACUAAAUGAUGUUGAAAAGCUGACAGAAGAGAGGGUGGAUGAGGUGUUGAGUGAGUUUAUGAAAGAUUUCAAAGAGGGCCGCUUAGAAGCAAAAGGAUGGCCAACAAAUGUAUCAGCCUAUAAACUUUCAAAAGCUUCAAUGAAUGCCUAUACAAGGAUUUUGGCCAAAAGGUUCCCAAAUUUCCGCGUCAAUAGCAUUCACCCUGGAUAUGUCAAAACUGAUAUGACCUGCAAUACUGGCCUCUUGACUGUUGAAGAAGGGGCUCAAAUCCUUGUCACUGCAGCACUCUUGCCACCCGACGACAAGUCGUCUGGCCUUUUCAUUUCUCAUGAAGGAGUUUUGAGUUUUUAAAUUCGUUGUAAUAUAUAUCAUACAUGUGCAUACAAAUAUUUAUGAAACCAGAGCGUUAUAUAUUUGUUUUAAUAAAUGAUCAUACUAUUAUGAUACA